AUGAAAGACCGUCCUUUUAGCUAGAAAAGUAUUUUAAGUUAUUUGAUUUGCAUUACUGUAAUAGGUAUUAGCAAUUUAGUUUCUUGUGGAUAGAUUAAUGGAUGGGAUAUCAUAGUUGAUUAUUCUAAUAGAAAUUUGAUUUCUUAGUACACAUUUGUAUUUACUUUACAGACUCCGUUGGACUCUUCUGAUUUAAUAUAGAUUACUAUGCCUUAUGCAAUCUAAACUAGUGUUAAUGCAAAUAUUGCAGUGGGUCUUACAGCAACAUUAGGACCUAUUAGCUAUUCUACUUGUUCUGCAAACGAUACUUUAACUACUACUAACCCUAGUCAGUACAUAAAUCCUAGCGCUCAGUAAGCUGUAACUAUAUUUGCCCAGACUGCUUCAUCUACUGUUUAUUAAUUCCAGCUAUAUGCAUCAUUAUAAGCUGGAGUUGAGUAUGCUUUAAUUUUACAAAGUAAUAAUUAGCCUGUUUCUUAACCAGUAGGGAUCACAAAUUAUAUUUCAAUGGUUACUAUUUCUGGAUAAAGUUUUGGAGGUAAUCCAAUAAUUUAUGAUAGAAAUGAUUUGUUUUCUGCUUUCGCUUUAUCUGAUAAUGCUGCUUCAAAUUUAGUUAUAGGCUAUUAGGUUGAUUCCAGUAUUUAGAACAACUUUUAAGCUUAAUAUUAAGUGUUUGUAGAUAUUAUGAAUAAUGUAAAUGGAUAAGGAGGUUCUUUGUACGAAAUAAAGUUUGGUUAAGGAAAUUCUUCUCCUUUCAGCUUUGUAAGCAAGAAUGAUGGAACACUUACUAGCUUGUGCUAAAGUGUUGGAAAAUAAACAAAUGCGUAUGUCGUAAAUGCUCUCCCUGCUGACUAAUAUAGUUGCAUUGUUUAAAAUAACUUGGUUUCUAUUUAAGUAUACCCUACACUUCUUUAAGAUAGCCGUUUGCGCUUUGCUAUUUAUGUAGCAAAUCCAAUUUAUGCUUUUUCUGCUGGAGAAAAUUUGGUUGUCAGCAGACUUAAGAUCAAUACGAGAAAUGUCUUAGAAAUGGGUUAAUCUCCUAAAUUUUUAUACGUCUAGGGAAUUUAACUUCUUUCUUCUAGCAUGAAGAUAGGCUGGGGAUUAGAUGAAACAGUUACACCUGCUCCUAAUUAAGUGAUGCCUAUAUUCACAAAUGCUGCUACAGUAGGCACAGCCUCAACUUACAAUUCUAUUCAAUUCUAAUUUUCACUCCAAACAAGCACUCCAGCUGGAUUGUAGGUAUAACUAACAUUUAAUGUAGGCACAAGUACUUCAGCAACCCCAAAUCAAGCAACUGUUUUACAAGGUAGUAUAAUUCAUAAUUUUCCAGAAAUUCCAGGAACUAGCAGAACUGAGUGUGGCAUUUUAAAUGAUGGACCUACUAGAGUUAUAAAAUGUUUUAACGUAGGAUAAAUGAUUGCAAAGCAGAAUUAUUUUAUAGGAUUUAAAAUAAUGUUUGUAAACGGUGCAACAAUCGGCCCUGAUUUUUCAAAAGUAUCAAUCUUCUUACUUAACCCCAAUAAUAAUAUGUUACCUUUCACAGAUGCUAUUGUUUAAAACCAAGUGAUAACUAAAACAAGUAGUAUUGUUUUGGUACCUAAUAAAAGUUACUUUUUAGCUGGUUCAGAAAGUACAGCAAUAUCUAGCUAGGUAAUUACAAAUUAAGCUAAUGCUGUCUAUAAUCCUUUUAGUGAUGCAACAAAUGGUAUAUUAGGUAUAGUCCCAGAAAAAACCUACAAUACUCCUCAAAAGCUCAUUUUCUGUAUGCAAUUAACCCCUACUGAUAUCACAAACAUCAAUGACGCUGCUUCUCCUCCAACUAGUUAAAGAGCAGGCUACUAUUUGGUAACAAACAGUAGAGUUAUCUAAUUUUAACAAAAAGGACUUGCUAUUGACCAGUAUGGUAAUUUAUAAAGCAGCUAGGUUAUCUCAUCAAACACUAAUUUAGCAGCUGAUUAAUAUCAGAGUUUGGAGCUUGGAUAAUACUCUCGUUUAAAGGUUCAAACAUCUAAAAUGGCAGAUAUUGCGAAUAUGUUUUCCGGAGGAAUGAUUUUUGCUAUUCGUACAGUAUUUGUCCGCAUGCAUGCUUCUUUAUAUGCUGAUGAUAACUCCCUAGAUUUCUAUUUCUUUUUUUAUGAUAAUAUUCAAAAUUAUUAACCAUAAUUUAAAUUCGCAAUCAUCUAUAAUGCUUACACGAUAAACACUCCAAAGCCAAAAAAUUUACGUUAUAGUUUAGUGAAUUUUUAUGGAGGAUUAAAUUCAAAUAAUGAUGGAACUAAUGUCCCUACUUUUAUUAGGUUAGCAGGUUACUUAAGUUCGACCGAUUUCACAGAUGGAAAUCAGCGCCUAUUUGUUUUCUUUACAGGAUUGAAUUUCUUCUCAGAUUCGCCAACUACUAUAAACUAUUCAACUUAAUGCACAAGUUCUGUAGGGGCCACUCCCACUUUGUGUCGUGGAUUUAACAAUUUGAAUUAACAAACUUAAAAUAUCUAUUAAAAUUAUAAUUUCAUGUAAAGAGUGGAAGUCCAAUUUCCUACAACAGUCCCUACUGGCUCAGGAAGUCCCUUUGAGUUACUUAUACCUGUCUAAACAAUAACUGGAAUUACCUAGGUCACUCUCUUUAUAGCAACUAUGAAAUAUUAAGAGAUGAUUCCUACAUCACCUCUUGAACAAGCUGCCAUGAAAAAUUAUUUUUUCCAGCCAAGCACAGUUUUCCGUUUAACAGGUAGCAAUAAUUUACAGGACACUACUCAAUUUAUUUCAUUCCAAUAACUUUAAGCUAAUACUGUACCACUUACAAAUAAUUACAUGCUUACUGGUAUUUUAAGAAUUGAUAGUUAUGGAAUGAAUCUGUAAAAUAACUAUGUUGGCUAGCUUGCUCCUUAAAUAUCAAUUAAUGCUCGUCACACUGAGACAACUACAGUAGUAGGUACAAACACAGGUAGUAGUGAUACUCCAUAAAAUGGUGCAGGUUUUACAUUUGUUACUUCAUAUGAUUUCAGAGGAGCCUAAUAAAAUUAUUAUUGGUAAGGUGGUCUCCCUUCUAACAUAAGAAAAUGCUUAUCCUUUUAGUAUAAUUAAAAUCAGGGUUCUUCUACUCAAAAUUGGCGCUACGGUUUCUUCUGUGCUAUGGAAGUGGGAACUACAGCUACAGUUAGCUAAGUAAAUGUGACAAAUUUCUAACUACCUUAAACACUAGGACUUUAUCUGCCUAGCAGCACAAGCUUUGCUUAUUCAACAUCAAAUGGACAAAUUGCAACACUACUCUAUCAACAACAGAAUAUUGGAAAUCCUAACGAGAUUUAGGUAACUUUGAAUACAGCUUCUCCUACAAUUAGAUUGUGGGCCAAAAAUAUUCGUAUAGUUUGGACAUUUACAACAACAAAUCCUCUUCCAUCAAAUGGAUAUGUUAAAAUAGUCUUUAAAGAUCCUAUAACACUGAUAGGUUUAGCAACUACAACUUGCAAAUUUUAAACUUCUAUUCCACAUAAUUGUAUUGUGAGCUAACCAACAGGUUAAAAUUAAGUUAUUUUAUUCUAGUUUUAGAGCUUAUCAUCAGGAACUAACAUUUUACCGGGAGGAUUUAUGCAAAUUUUCCACUAUGGAAAUGAUGCUCCAACAUAGCCUCAGAGCAAUAACUUAUUUUUAAUUUAAACGAUGACUAAAGACUAAGUAUUAAUUGACCAAACUUAGGCUUCCUUAUAAUAUCCCAGCUAUCUAAAUUAUAAUAAUUUAGCUACUCAAAAACCCCUUAUUUUAAUUGAUGGCUAUUUGGAUAUUGAUUAUCCUUAUUACUCAGCUGAAUCUACUGUAAGAAUUUCUUUCAAUACAAAUGAUUAAAGAGGUCUUCUUUAAUCUGAAAUAAUUUAAGUAAACUUUAACAGUGAUUUAGCUGCUGCUAAUAUAAAUACAGUUAAUCUUUAAAUAUAAUGUUAAAUUUGGUAAGGUGGAUCUGUUAGCAACUAUUUCUCAUUUGCUACAAUAGCUAACACAGCUGCUAAUAAUUUCAAAGUCUCAUUUUAGGUUAAAAAGGACAUCAGCUAUUCAGGCUCUAAUUACUUUACUGUAAUAUGUCGAAAUAUUAUUUUACCAUCAAGUUCAUUCACAAAUAGUCCAUCAAUUGCUUUGUAUAAAUCUGACGGUACGACUAUUAUCUAACUGCCUGCAACACUGACUAUUCCUAACAUGUAAGCUUCUGCUAAGGCCACAACUCCAGUUACUCUUUCCAAAAGCAAUUUUAACACUUACGGCUCUAUCUGCACUCUAACUUUCAGCUUUGUUGCAAAUUCUGUGACUCAAGGAACAAAUUUCUUUUUAAUUAGAUUUGCUAAUGCCUAUUUACCUUAACUCGUUUAAGAUGCAUCUUUGCAAUGUUUGAUUAAUUCACAAAUAUCACCAUGCUCAAUAUCGAGUCCCUAUAAUUUGAUAAUUUCUAAUGUUCCAACAAAUUUGAGUACAUUUAGUGUAAGUAUUGCUGGAGUUUAAUUACCAUCUAUAGCUUCCCCUGACCCUAAUUUGAAUACAUUCUUUAUAUCCUUAGUGAAUUAGUAAAACAAUGUAGGCUAGUAAUUAGUACCUGUCACAUAUAGUUCGGUUAAUGAUAUAGCUUCAAACAUCUAGCCAAAUAAUAAUUUCUUUAUCACAGGAAUCCAGUUAGCAAAUACAAAUGUAUAACAGUAAAAUACACUAACAUUCAACUUCACUUUCCCAAUUGGAUUCUUUACUCAAGGUACUGCAUAUUAAUUUUACAUAACUUUCCCAUCUUAAUGGAAAUACUUAUUACAAUUCUACACACCAUAAAUCACUUUAAGAAGGAUAAAUACUAAUCAAUUCUUGAAAUUAACCACAACUGUAUCAACUUUUAUUACCUUAGCUUUAACUUGGAGUGACGUUGCUAAUACUGCUGUAGAGCCCUUUACUUUGGUUUUAUCUAACAUUGCAAAUCCUUAAAAUCCUCUUUGCAUUCUUCCUAAGUAGUGGGUUUUCCAUGUGUAAUCUGGUACUGGUACAUAAACUCUCUAUGCAAGAAGUGUUGCAAUAAAUAAUUAAAUUCCCUAUUUUAAAUUUAAUUAUCAUUAAUCUACUUUAGUAUUAAAUUGGAAAUAUCCUGAUACUAGUAAUACUUUCACUGUAAACAAAGGGCCCUUUAAAACAUUGAUAACUUUAAAUAUUGUGAAUAAUCAAAGAUUUUAAUAUCCUCUAAAAAUAGCCUUAAAAGAUGACUCACUUUUUGGAAUUAUUCCUCAAAGACCAUUUGCUGCCCCUGGAGCUAGCUAGCUUUCUUUUUAUAUCUAUGCAAAGACACAAACACCUACUAGUAAUUAUGUUGUAUAUUUCUUGAAGUCGUAUGAUAACUUUAAUAGCUACUCUACAAUUCCUAUUUGCAAUGUUAAUUUAGUACAAAUUUAACAGAACAUAGUGUUUUCGAAUGCAAAUACUCCAUUCUAUGUACCUAAAAACGGGUAUUCUAAUCCAUUGAUUGUAUCUUUCUAGUAGUAAGGAUUUGUUAUUACUCAAGAUGUUAGUGUAACUCUCACUGUUUUACAAUCUUCAACUUAUGAUAUUUCUGUAGUGAAUAGUUCUGGAACUUUAUCAGCAACAGCAACUAAAACAAUAUCUUCAUCAAAUACUAAUUAAAGUAUUGUCUUUAAGUUCUAAGCUGGUUUGAAUUCAAUUGUAGGUACUCAAGUUUACGUUUAGUUAACUGUUAACUCUAAUAAUAAUUAUUUUGGAUUGCCUUAAAAUCUUCUCCUUGAAGUUAAUUAAAUAAGCUAUAGUGGUGUGUAAUUUAGAAUGUUAUCACCCUAAUUAGAUUAAGUGAACUCAACUUUUGUUUUAUAUCGUCCAUAUUGCCCUCAAUAUGGUGUAAUUUAUUACAAAGUAGAACUUACUAAUGUUUACAGCUUGUCUACAACAACUACUACAACUUAACCUCAAUCAUAUUAUGAUUAAUUAAGAGCUGAAAUUAUAUCAAGAGCAGAAACUUUCUAUAAUUUCCAGUCUAAUACCUAAUAGCAAUUAUAAUAUGGAUUUGCUUUAAGUAACCCUAAUGCUUAGUAUACAUAAAUUUUGAUAUCUAAUUUGAUGAGCUCCAAAAAUUAUACUAUAUCAUCUAUAUGCCUCAAUAAUUUUAAUUAGUAAUCAGUAAAUAUUCUGAGCUAUUAAAUUACUACUGCAAACAAUGGAGGAAUAAUCACCAAAAUUCCAUUAACAUUCAAUACGCCUAUCGAUUUGCCUAAUAAAAUUAAGUUAGCUUGUUAUAUCAGCACAUUUUUGCACAUACCACCAACAAGUGUUUAUACAGAUGAUAGAGUUACAUGUGAUAACUAUCUAAACCAGUAUGACUUUGGUAACUCAUAAGGUAAUAUUGCAAAUGUUAAGCAAAAUCCUCGUAGUUCUUUGACUAUUUACUUUAUACCUGAUUGGAAUAGUCCUUAAGACUAUGUUACUUAGAUAUUACUUUCUGCAGUAUAAGUACAGACAUUUGUUUUUAGUCUUAAAAAAUUCAUAACUGAUUAUAGUAACUAUUAUUUCACUGAAUGGGAUUUGAAUUUACCUUAAAGUUCAUUGUCUUAUCCGUUUACAGGCCUUUCAUAAGUAGGCACUCUCUCUUAAGUAUAAAAGACUACUUAGUAUCCAACUAUCAAUGAGUAGUAUUACAUAGAUGUCAAUUAAGUAUCAAGUACAUUGAAUAUAACUUAAAUCAGGAUCACAGCAAAUGGCUUUUUAUAUGUUGGCUUAGAUAAUUAGCUUACUGAUACUACCCAACAAUCAGCAUUUGAUAGUUAUACAUCUUAUUCGCUGAUUUAAGGCAAGAAUUACUAAUCAAAAGAUAUGCCCUAUGGAGUUCAGAUUAGUUUUACAAAUAGCACUAAAUAUUCUUAAUUCUUGUUUAACAAUCUUAAUGGAAAUCAAUUCCAACUGUACAUGGCUGUUUCUGAAGAAGAUCCAAGUCCUUAUGCCAUGAAAUCUACGUUAAGAAAAACUAAAGUCUAUGGUUUUUAAACAUAAAUAAUUUCAUCUAAUUUGCUAACUCACUUUUUAUUCUUACUCAUAGGAUUAAUAAUCGUAUAUUGA